CACAGCAGCUAGCAGCCACAGACUACUCUAGUAGUGCCACAUCUGCCAUAGCAAGCUAGCUAGCUAGCUCGUCGAUCGCCAGUGAAGAGGCAAUGGCUUACCGCCAAAUGCAGCUCCUGGCCGUGGUCGCCGCCGUCGCGUGCCUCGCGCCGCUGGCCUCCGCCACGGUGUUUAUGGUCGGCGACGAGCUCGGCUGGAGGGCCAAGUUCAACGAGACCCACUGGGCCGACAACAAGACGUUCACCGUCGGCGACAGCCUCAUGUUCAUGUACCCCAAGGAUAACCACACGGUGGCCCAGGUGGGCAAGGACGACUUCCUGGCGUGCAACCUGCAGGGCAACCAGAUGAAGUUGUGGGACUCCGGCAACGACGUCGUGACGCUGGACAAGCCCGGCAAGAUGUGGUUCAUCUGCACCAAGCCCAACCACUGCCUCAACGGCAUGAAGCUCGUCAUCGACGUCCAGGCACCCGCCGGGGGCCCGAAUGCGGAGCCGCCGUCGGCGGCGCCCGUCAGCUACACGGUCGGCGGCGCGGUGGCCGCCGCUGGUGCCGUGCUCGCGGCCGUGCUCGCCUUCUAGAUUCCUGUGUGCAAGCAGGGAUCAAGCAUUAUCGCAUUCGUUACUUGACAACAUCGAUCGUUUUGUGUGUGCGUGGUCGUCGCGUCGGAUCAAUUUUUUUCUUUCUUUUUUUUUUAUAUAUAUUCUCGAAUGCAUGCUGUUGUUUAUUAAUUGGACUUGCUGCUGCUACUACUGGUGUUUCAACUAGCUAGGUUACGCUAGCAAGAGUCCAAAGCUAUAUAUAUAUCUAUAUAUGUAUACGGAUACGGGGCCUGCCGGCCUUUUCACCUGUUCCAGGUGAUCAGAUGAGUUUGCUGUGUCCG